AUGGUACGAGGAUGGGGGCCGCAGCGGCCGAUACUGAACCACCGGGCGGUGGGGGCGUUCAUUACGCACUGCGGGUGGAACUCGGUGGUGGAGGCCGUGAGCGCCGGCGUGCCGAUGAUCACCUGGCCCAUGUUCGCGGAGCAGUUCUACAACGAGAAGCUGGUCGUCCAGGUGCUGCGGGUCGGGGUGAGCGUCGGGCCGGGGGUGUGGGGGAUGGAACAGGAGAAGAAGCCGGUGGUGGGCGGAGCCGCGAUCGCAGCAGCGGUGGCGCAGCUGAUGGACGGCAGGGGGGAGGCCGAGGAGGGCAUGAGGAAGAGAGCCGCUGCACUGAAGCAGAAGGCGAGGGACUCUGUGGGCGUUGGCGGCUCAUCCUAUCUCGAAAUGGAUCGACUGAUACAUGAGCUUUCAGUUAGCGAGGGCGAUGCCGUCGACUCCCGGACGGGAAGCAGGUGCGGUUGA